UAACAAGUAACAUCAGGAUCUAAAUUGAAUAUCAGUAGAUUUCUGUAGCUCAGUUGUCAGUCUCUUUGUAAUGGCCAAAGGGGAGGGCUCGGUUGCUCUCUUUUGCACUGAUUCCUUUAGUGGUUUAGUUUUUCAUUCACUGGCUUAUGGUUAUUGGUACUGUACAGGCUGGUCUAUUUGCUUGAAGGCUUGGAACCCAAAGUGGUGCACAGGGAUGUUAAUUGAAUUUCCUUCCGAUCUCCCUCUCCCUUCCGCUCCUGGUGUUUAAAGCUCACUUGUUAAAUGUUUUGUUGAGACAACAAGACAACAGCUCCGGACUCUAAAACCAAAUCAUCGUAUGAAUUGGACUGGCUUCGCUGUUGCCCACCAUUUAAACUCAAACGCUUUGAAAGCAGUUGAAAUUCUUGAAGCGUAUGAAGGAAUGCUGGAAGAUGAUUUUCCUCCUGAUAAUGAACGUUGUGAACAUGGGGAAAUGCUCCUGUAUAAGAUUUCAUUGUUAGAAGAAUCUGGUUCUCUUGAGAGAGCUCUUGAUGAAUUGCACAAGAAAGAGUUGAAAAUAGUUGAUAAAUUAGCUUAUAAAGAACAAGAGGUUUCUCUUUUGGUAAAGCUUGGUCGCUUUGAAGAAGGUGCUACUUUGUACAAGGCAUUACUUGCCAUGAAUCCUGACAAUUACAGAUACUAUGAAGGCUUUUAAAAAUGCGUCGGGCUCUAUUCAGAAAACGGUCAGUAUUCAUCGGAUCAUAUUGAGCAGUUAGAUAAAUUGUACAAAUGGCCUAGGCAGCAAUACAGUUGGUCAUCUGCUGUCAAGCUAAACUAUCACCUUCGUCAGAUUCAGAUGCUUUGGACGCUUUGGACUUCUUCUUUUUCU